AUGAGAGCAUCCUUGGGAAGAUGGUUCCGACGGCGAAUCCACCGAGGAGCUGAACGAAAUGCUGAGACUCAACAACCUGCCCCGCCUGCGCCUGGAGAGGUGUUCGCUCCAUAUAUUCCCGAAACUUCAGAAGCGGUGCCAGCUUUACCCGCCGAGAGACCUCGACUUCUCACACCUUCAUCAUCGAGAGACGACCUUUGUGCAUCUGCGGAAGACGCCACGGCUCAAUCUGGCUUCUUCCGAAACUUGCCCUUCGAGAUCCGUCGUCAGAUCCUUGUCGAAGCAUUUGGCGGGCACACUGUGCACAUGGACUUGUCCUUUGACUAUCCAGAACUGCCACUAGAUCAGCUUGACGACUCUUUCCGUCACGUGUCCAACCACGGGAAUCGCAAUCGAGAUACAACAUUGGAGCAUAGACAAGAAACACUCCGUUACAACGUGAAUUAUGCUAUGCCCAAGAGAUGGAUCUGGCGCAGUUCCGACUGUCAUCGAAACCCUCCAUGGAACAGCAGAAGCAAGAUUCAGCCCAGGUAUCAAGACAGCGCGAUCAAUGCAGCAGAAGAUCGCUGCCGCUUUGGUGGCGUCGAAGGCUACUUCUGCCAGCUUUGGCCUGGCGAAAGUCCCCACAAGUGUUCGGUCGGAGCAAUGGGAUGGCUCCUGAGCUGGGGGGCACGACUGACUUUUGAAAAUUAUAGAUACUUGGAAGGUAUUGACGUGUUAUAUGGCACAAAUACCAUCCACUCGGCCAGCAAACAGAUGCUCCUGCACUUGGACAAGCUGCUUCUUCCCCAAAGACUUGCCAAUAUCAGAUCCGUCGAGUUGGUCUGGUUUUUCAAGCCGUACAGGGCACACUCACCGCAGGGCCCGCUCGAUGAUCUGCCUACGUUCUACGAAUUUUUGGCGAAGAUCCCCGCCAUUUUCCCAAACGUUAGAUCAUUCUAUAUGGCUUUGCAUGGGGACAUUACACCUAUGACCGAUCGCAAUGGGCGUCGAGUGUACAUGGAUGACGCUGAAUCCAUCGAAAUCACAGACAGAGAGGUGAUGGCACCCAUUGAUGCAAUGGUGGGUAAGCUCAGGCAGCUGGAUGAUUGCACAAUCGCUCUCAGUAGCCUGGAGUAUGAACGGAGAAGAAAGCGGGCCGUAGACGCGGUAGACACUGUGGUCUACCAGGUCCAUCUCGGUGGUUGGCAAGAGCGCCAUUGGAGGGUUCGGAAAGAUGAAAUGGGAUACUCGCAAGGGUACUGGGUCCAGCUUGGACAUCGAGAGCUUGGCCGAGUACACAUGUGCCGUUUUGGCGAACCCAAUAUGGACCUGGACCCUCCCGAAGACAGUGUUCUUUUCCAACCUUGGUACCUACCAGGCGAGUACAGACAUCUUAGGAUGUAA